GACUGUAGACAUUAUCCAGGAGUAUAAUAUUCUGCAUGGGGAAGUGAAACGGACUAUGGUAGUAUAAAAUUCUGGUGACUUUAUUGGCCAAGGAUUCCAGCCCUCUACAAGAUGGCGGAUUUGCCCAAUGUUGAUCUGUUUUCUGAGAUUUACGACCUAAGUAUGUAUGUCAACGGUAAGAGUGAAGGCAAAUUUGAUUUCUUUGGUAUUGAUGAAAACAUUGAGUUGAAUACUGGCAUCCCAAGCCAUGGCCUCAUGGAUAACGAUGCCAUGCUGGCUGUUGACUCCAGCAAUGCCCUUCUUGGGGAUCCUCUGCUCAACCUAUUUGAUCAGAAUGAUUUGCUUGAGCUUCAGUCGGCAGUCCCCAGUCACACCCCUGAGACUCUCAUGCCAGUUUCCCUUCCAGCUGGCACUCCAUCGCAUCCCAGCGCAUCUGACGUCUACCCCCACCUGCAGUCCUGUUCUCCUGCUGAAGGCUCUCCAACACACUCCAGUCAUCCUGGUGGGUCUGAAUUGAGGUCUUCUGCACCAUCUUCCCGACCUACUCCUGAUUCAGAAGUAAAACGCACUAUUCUAGUCACUUCUGGUGGGACUGGUGCGUGUUCCCCCUACCGCAUUGUUGUGAAGACCAGGAAGCAGCCUGUCAGCAAGAUGGUGGCUCCCUUGUCACUACAGAAGCCAUCCCACAACUUGGUGAAGAUCCCAAAGGUGGGAUCCACGGCACCAGUGGUUCGCAUGCAAGCCAUUCGUUCGGGUGGUAAGCUGGGACCCCUUACACAGGCUAACAUAACCCGAACAUGCCUCAUCCCACCUGCGGUAGCCACAAACCACCAGUCAGUGCCGGGACAAGACCAGGCCACUUCCGGCUGCUCCAGUGGGGAAGCCACAGUCCCUAGAGAACAUCACCCAUUUAGGUCACUUCGUGUAAAACGCCUCUCGGAAACUUCAGAUGGCAGUCAGACGAACCCUACAGAAGAGCAACCGUGUAGGUCACUUCGGGUGAAGCGCCUUUCUGGAACAUCUGACAGCAGUGAGUGUUCCUCCUCUGGACAAAAGAGAAAAGCGUAUGAACUUGAGCCUCAACCUAACCCACAUAUGGAGCGCUGCCGUCAAAAUGCAAUUAAUGCAAAGCGCAACCGGGACAUGAAGAAAGCUCGCAUGGCAGACCUGGAACGUAAAGUGGAAGAUGUCAGCCGGGAGCGUGAUCAGCUGGCGGGGGAGAAUGAGAGUCUCAGGGAAGCUAAGCUUAAGCUCGAACAGCAAGUGAAGCACCUUAACAACAUUCUGAAGAAUCAGUCAAAGCUGUCGUCGCUCAUCGGAAAACUGAGCCCCUCUAGUGUGAUCCUUGGUGACAUGUCCUCGAAUGGAAGUGAAGACGAUAUUAUUACGAGUGCCAGCGGGAGGUGACUGGAAUGGGCUGCAGCAGAGUCACGGCACAGGUGGGAUGGGACCCCCUGAUCCUAUAAUUGGACAGGGGCCCGUCCCAACCUCACCGUUCUAGCCCCCUGCUACCUGUCCCCUCUCUUGCUACUUCGCUGGCCACCAGUUGCUGCGCUCUUCUAAAAGUUAAGUAUGUCGGGUGAGUCCGUAGGCUUAGCCAUGAAGAUUUGCAGGUCAUUAACAUUUAAAAUUUAAUUCCUGAAUGACUAAAGUAACCUGAAUUGUUUAUGGCAUGGGUUUUAUGUGAUUAUUGCAGUAACAUACAUUCAGCUCAUUUCAGAUACCUGCUUGUUUGAGGUUUGUUUCAGUAAACAGGAAUCUGCAGAAAAUACAUAGCUAUUGGCCAAAAUUCUGUUUAUAUUUUCUCAGCUUGUAGCUCCCUGGGUAUUAGCUAAUAGCCAAUUUCAUAUAUGAUAUUUUCAUUAAAAUUCUGGUGUAAAUGAAUUUUAUUUUAUGUAAUUUCAGUAUGAAAGUAUAGUUAUUCAUGAAAUACAUUUUGUAAGAUCUGUUUGAAAAUAGAUACAAUCAGCAUACAAGUAUAUUGAUGUAUCUGUAUUGACAUUACAGUAUACUGGGUAAUUUGUAUGACUUGUAAUGCAAACUGUUAUUUGGAGAAUGAUAAUUACAGAAUAAUAAUUGUUACCCUUGGAUGUGUGGUUCAAAGGAUGUUUUGCGGAUUAUUUUAAGUCAACCCGGUGUUUAAACCAGUGUCUCAAUGUUCUGGCUCUGACUAAGCCAGGUGUAGAACAGAGUGUGUUCUUGUUUCACAUUUGCAUGUAUAGAUGGUUAUGGCAUUUCCAGGGAGAUACAAGUGUACAUGGCAUUCUACAUGGCUAAGUUGCACUGCAAAUGAUUGGAUGGUAAAUAUAUCCAUGGAGUGAACUGUAUAUACCUCGUGCGCAUUGUACAAAGAAAUAAUUUUUCAUAUCGAGAAUCAUAUUUUUAUAAAAUAAAAUUCAUUGUAAC